CCACUUCCACCACCGACGACCACCUCACACCCUGGGGACACGCGGAUGCCCACGAGGCGAUGGAGAGUGGAGGCCUCCACAUUCACCCAGACAGCAGCCAGGAAGCCAUCUCGGUCAUUCGAGAGUCCCAACACAGUCUCAUUCAGUUCUCGACCAACGCUGGCGUUUUGGGUACAGCCACGGCCGAACCGUUCAACAGUGUGUGUUUCAAGAAGGAGAAGAAAGUCAAGGAGGAGGCUGGGCCAACGAUUAAAGUGGAUGAUAUAAAGGAGGAUACGGAUCGUAAGGAGGUUGUAGUGAAACGUAGGGUACGGACUUGUGCGACGUGUGAUCAGACCUUCCCCAACGCCGAGGAGUUUAACAACCAUAUAAAACGUGUACAUCCGUUUGAGUGUAAGGCAUGCGGUAGGUGUUUCAUGCGCGCUUCGGGGUUGACGCUGCACCAGAAACGCCAUCUCAAGAUCAAGCCCUAUCGGUGUAGUUACUGUGAGAAAUCGUUUGUUACCAACCAGAAACUGACGGAACACCAUAAUUCACACACUGGGAAUUCCCCCCAUAAAUGUAGCCUAUGUGAGGCAACGUUUAAACGAUACUCGAAUCUGGUCCAGCAUAGGAACAGGACUCACCUUAAGAAGAAACGGAAGGCUAAGGAUUAUUUUUGUGAUUGUGGUGAGGUUUUCCAUUCGCCUCUGAAACUGGCCUGGCAUAAGGAGAAACACGACCCAACCCCGAAGAAGUGCACGUUCUGUAGUUCCAGGUUUAUUCAUGUAGCCAGCUUGACUAGACAUAUUAGGAAAGCGCAUGACCCACGUUAUAUCCCGGAGGGACGCAAGUAUAAACUGAGGGGCUUCAGUGAGAACGUGGAGUGUCAUAUAUGUCACAAAAUCUGUCUGAAAGGAUCCUUAAGGAACCACAUGGUUGUUCACAGCGGUGUGAAGAAGUACGCGUGUAGUUCUUGCGGGAAAAGGUUUUUCUCGAAAUGGAACAUGAAGUUGCACAUGUGGGUGCAUGCGUCACGUAGUUCUAUGCCACAUAAGUGCACAGUGAAAUCGUGUAAAGCGUCGUUUAUUAGAGAGAAUGAUCUGCAGGACCAUCUGAGGGCUCAUAAGAACCAGAAACAGUAUUCGUGUAACUACUGCGGGAGACAGUUCUUGAGGAAGUAUAACUGGGUGAGGCACACUAGGGAACACGAACAGAACAAGAAGCAUGAGUGUACCGUUUGUGGAAAGAAGUUUCAUCGCGGGUAUUACCUCACGGAACAUAUGAGGAUACAUACCGGGUUUAGGCCGUUCACUUGUCACAUAUGUUCCAAGCAGACGGCAACGAAAACUAAUCACAACAAGCAUUUGAAAACGCAUCAUGCCAGGGAGAUAAUUGCUAGUGAAAAUUAGGUAAGCUAGUUUUUCAAAUUUUAUCUUUAGUAAGGUCUACGUUAGAAUGGCUGUGAAUGAAGAUAGGAGAACAUCGUUGACGAUUUGUGUAGCUAAGAAGUUGAUAUUGUGUUAAUUAUUCAUAUUGAAUGAAAAAGACAAUAUUUUGACAAUUUCUUAGGCUUUUUCAUUCGUUGACGAUUGUCUGUCUUAAUUAAGUAUUCAAUUCAAUUUAUUCACAACACACAGAAAUACAAUACGCAACAAAACAAUAGCAGUAACAAUGAUAUUAACACAUUAAAGACAAUAUUGCUAAAAUUAUGUGUGUUGGAAGAAAGAGGGGGGAAAUACCUUGCCAACUAUGGUUUC